UUCAGUCUCCUCCACCCACCUCCAGGUAGGGGGAAAGGGGGUGGAGAUUGAAUUCAGUCGCCGAUGGCCAAUGACUUAAUCAAUUAUGCCUACGUAAUAAAACUGCCAUGAAAACCCCUAAAUGAUGGGUUCAGGGAGCUUCCAAGUUGGUGAGCACAUCCGUGCGCCAGGAGGCACCCCAACUCCACAGGGACAGAGGCUCUUGCACUUGGGACCCUUCCAGACCUCACCCUAUGUACCUCUUCAUCUGGCUGUUCAUUUGUAUCCUUUGUCAUAAACUAUAACGGUAAGUAUUGCAUUUUCUUGAGUUCUGCGAGUGGUUCUAGCAAGUUAUUGAACCUGGGGUGGGGGGGUGAUAGCCAAGUUUGCCAUAUGUGUGAGUGACCUGAGGACCUGAUACUGUGACUGGCGUCUGAGUGGGGACAGUCUUAUGGGACUGAGCCCUAGACCGGUGGGGUCUGACACUCACCCCAGGCAGUUAGUAUUAGAAUCGAAUUGAAUCGUAAGACACCCCAUUUGGUGUUAGAGAAUCAGAGAACUAGAGAAUUCGGGUAGAAAUCACACCAGGCAUUUGCUGUCAGGAGGAAACACAUACUCCAAUGAUCUUCUCAAAUUGAGCUAUGUGCUUUGGGACACCCUUCAUAGAGAAGUAAUUUCUGGAAGUCAGAGAGAUCUCAUUUAAAUUUCUAGUUUUUCUUUAAAUGUUGAUAUCAACAUAUAUGUGGAAUAGAAACAUCACCUGCAAAUAGGACUGAAUGCCAUGUGGGCGUAUCCUGGCAACACAGGAAACCUUGCAUUUCUCUUCAGUUCCGUGAUAGGUGUUUAGUAAGAAAUGAGGGUUUGCGGCUUUAUUCUACAAGCAAAAGUACUGUUACUGCUUUACUGUAAGCAGAGGUACUUGUCGGUCUCAGUUAAUGGAUCUCAGGCUUUCCCCUCUUUUACUGAGUGUUGGUUUUUGACCGUUUAGGGUUCCAAGAAAAGCACUUUGAUAAUUUGCCUAUAGCCACAGACUCUAGAAUAAUGCCCACAAAUACAAAGGACACAAAAUUUUGUGUACAACUUGGACCCUAUGGACCCUCCCCUUUACCUAAGUGCCCCCAAAAAUGGUUUGUAGAAUUAUCACAUCGUGGGGAAAGGAAAAGCCAAAGUAACCAGAGUACCUUUCUUGUUACCUGGCUAAUGGAGACGUCAUAGGAUAAAACCCCUGCAGAAACGAACUCAGUCUUAUUUCCCACUGGGAGAGUCAAGGCUGAUCCCUGACCACUGCCUGAUUGGGAGACAAACAAAAAUGAUAAGGAAGAGCAGAAAUUUGAAGAACCAAAAGAAGAAUGGUACUGAUAAAAGUAAAAAAUAGACUUGGCAUUCCAUAUGCUAUGCAGCUCCGUUGUGGAAGGAGGCAUGAUAUGUAUAAGGCUGAAUUGACUGACCACCACCCUCCCCUCGCCCCACACCAAGAAAACCAGACUGAUGGCUUCGUAGGCAUCUAAGAUGCCUUCAGGAUGCAAGAGGGGACAAAGCAUGUAACUUGAUGAUCUUCGACACACGAAAAACAACUAAGCUACCCAACUGCUACCUGUUUUUCUGUCCCAGUGAGGAAGCCUGUCCCCUGAAACCAGCAAAGGGACUCAUGAGUUACAGAAUAAUUAGAGAUUUUCCAUCUUUGGCGGGAACUGAUGUGCCAAGCCGGGAGGUAGCCCAAGAAGAGUCUCUGUUCCGCAGCACGUCUUCACACACCACCCCUCCCACGCCCCCCCCUCCCACAGGUGACUCAGAGCCCACGGUCUUCUGGAGAGAUUCAUUUUCUCAGAAGUUUGGAUCCUCAGAUCACUUGGAGAAACGACUCAAGAUGGAUCUGGCUACUCCACGGUGGACCGUUUAUAAAGAAAAAGGCCACUCUCAGAAGUCACUAUCUUCCUCAGAACAAACGGGAGCUCAUCUGCUGCCUGAAAACGUGACAGUGUUCCCCAGUACAGCGGCAUUUGCUGCCCUGCCUGCCAUCCUGGCCACUCCAAAGCCUGCAUCUCUCCCUGCCGCCAACUCUGCAGGGAUACCUUCCGGGACUUCUCAGCCUCAGGGGGCCACCUCUGCCCCACCUGUAGCCACCACGGUCACUAACACGACCACAACUGAGGCUCCGACUUCCAUCUUUGGGGCAUCGACAGACUCGAAAGGCCCACCAGACACGGUGCCCUUUAGAGCCAUUGCCAGCUUGACUUUGAACACAGAGGCUGCCCUGGACCCUGCUACAUUUCCUUUGUCAAAUGUCAAUUCUCCCACUACAGAUACAACAGCUUCCCAGGAAGACGGAAAGGCCAGCUCUGGUGGGCCCUCCCUGAGCAGUGCUCCAGAGAGACAGCAGGGCCUCGCAUUUGAACAGUGGCUCCUGGUCGGGACCAUGCUCUUUGGAGUUCUGUUCUUUGCCAUAGGCCUGGGUCUCUUGGGCAGAACACUCUUAGAAUCCCUCCGCAGGAGACGUUACUCGAGGCUUGAUUAUUUGAUCAAUGGCAUCUAUGUUGACAUCUAAGGAGGACAUUAGAUGCCUCUUUUUUUUUUUUUUUGGCUGUGGGAUGUGGGAUCUUAGUUCCCCGACCAGGACUAGGGAUCGAACCCGUGCCCCCUGCAGUGGAAGUGGGGAGCCUUAACCACUGGGCUGCCAGGAGGUCCCUAGAUGUCUCUUUAUUCAUGUAGUUACUAAUAGCCCCUAUGCAGCAAGGUUCUGCUGAUUUGCUCAUCUUUGCAGGAUUUUUCAAGUAUUUUGAAGACAGGCGAAGAUGCCUCCUUUGAAAAGAAGUGGGGGAAAGAAACAAACUGGGUGAUUUGAAGGAUCUGUCUCUAAAAUAUUAGCUGAAAACAAAGCUCUACCUAAAGCAAUAAAGAAUAAUUGCCACAUCAAUUGGAAAACGACUGGCUUUUUACAAGGAAAAAGGGUUAGGGCUCCUAGGCUCCAAUUCAUUAAUAUUUCUGGUUCCAGAUAAAGUCGACUGUUUAUGGUAUUAAUUCUAAUAGAUUUACUUUCCUUUUUAUAUGAAUUCCAAUAAAACUUAUUCCAGAUGUAUUUCCUUCCAAUUAAAUAUCUGAAUAAAUCUUUUGGUACUCAGUAAUGUUCUUGUAAGUGACACGUCCAGCUGGAUAACUUUAAAUUUAUUCCCACCAGCAAAAUGAUUAAAUGAUGAAAAUAUGUGUUCUAAGUUAAAAUGACAAACCCCCCUUAUCCCAUCAAUGAGCAAAAGAGGUUCCUUUGGGAGAAUUCUAGCAGAAUAUUAGCCUGCGUGGAGAUGAUGAUAAGUUCUGAUAAAUGGCCAGAUCUACUUUGGGUCUGUUCUAGUUAACUAUUUUUUCCAAAAAAAAAAAAAAAAA